UGGGACUGGCCUGAAAGUGAUCCGUUGCGCUCGACAUGUCCGUUUUCUUUCUUUCUUAUUUUCAAAAGUCUGCGGUUUGUUUUUAGUUUCAAGUUACACAUUAACAGAGACCGGGGGCCACCUGUUUAAUGAGAAGUGUACUAACAGGCUUCUCCCUCUGAACAUUGCCAAGAAGAAGCGGUCCAGAACCUCGGAAUGGAUAAGACUGCGGUAGUUGGCUAUCAUUAAAAAAAUCACAGAUUUGGUUGUUCCGGCUUUUUGCGCUGGUUACAAUAUUGAGCAGCUGAGAGGAUUCAGAACUUAAUCCUACGAGUGAGUUAGUUACUACGACUACGACUACGACUACUAGCUAACGCUACUAACUGUACCUGCCAUUACAGCUAACGUUAGUUACGAACUACAAGCACUGAUCUCCGCCGGAGACGGCAGACGAGUGCGUCCCGCAUCCGCGAUGCUGGCCAACGCGCAGAACCAGCCGGUGUUUCCGAGCCACCAGUUUCACCCAAAGCCCUCACUGCAAAUAAAGAAAAAUGCGAUAACGGACGACUAUAAGGUCACAAGUCAGGUCCUUGGGUUGGGCAUUAAUGGAAAGGUUUUGGAAAUCUUUCAGAAGAAAGACCAGCAAAAGUACGCUUUGAAGAUGCUGCAGGACUGUGCGAAGGCGCGCAGGGAGGUGGAGCUUCACUGGAGGGCCUCGCCCUGUGGGCACAUCGUGCGCAUCGUGGACGUCUACGAGAACCUGUACCAGUCCAGGAAGUGCCUACUCAUCGUCAUGGAGUGUAUGGAUGGAGGAGAACUGUUCAGCCGCAUCCAAGAUCGGGGUGACCAGGCCUUCACUGAGAGAGAGGCCUCUGACAUCAUGAAGAGUAUUGGAGAGGCCAUCCAGUUUCUGCAUGCCAUUAACAUCGCCCACAGGGACGUGAAGCCAGAGAACCUCCUGUAUACCUCAAAGCGACCCGGCGCAGUCCUCAAACUGACAGACUUUGGGUUCGCCAAAGAAACCACAACACACAACUCCUUAGCAACACCUUGCUACACUCCGUACUACGUGGCUCCUGAGGUUCUGGGUCCAGAGAAAUAUGACAAGUCAUGUGACAUGUGGUCUCUGGGAGUCAUCAUGUACAUCCUGCUGUGUGGGUACCCCCCCUUCUACUCCAACCACGGCCUGGCCAUAUCCCCUGGGAUGAAGAAGAGGAUCCGCAAGGGCCAGUACGAGUUUCCCAACCCGGAGUGGUCCGAUGUCUCCGAUCAAGCCCAGCAACUGAUCCGCACCCUGCUGAAAACAGAGCCCACGCAGCGGAUGACCAUCACCGAGUUUAUGAACCACCCCUGGAUCAACCAGUCGAUGGAGGUCCCUCAAACCCCCCUGCACACCAGCCGUGUGCUAAAGGAAGAGAAGGACACCUGGGAGGAAGUGAAGGAGGAAAUGACCAGUGCCCUCGCCACCAUGAGAGUGAACUACGAUCAAAUCCAAAUCAAGGCCAUUGAGAAUUCCUCCAAUCCGCUGCUGAUGAAGAGGAGGAAGAAGGCUAUGACGCAAACGCAUGACACAGAGACUCCGGCCCCCUGAGGGUUGAGUGCCGUGUGUGUGUGCAGACCCACCGUACGGGCGUGCACGCACACUCACCGCUGUGUGUGUGUUCACUGAGACCCACACAGGGCGUGCGCGUACGCACUCACCACUGCAAUGGGAGCAGACACCUUUGGCAAAAUGAAAUUGAGAAUUAGAUCGCAUGGACUUUCAGAAACCUACAGAUGAUCAUGUUUAUUUUUCAUUACUGAUUUAAUUUUUUAAAGCAGCAUUUCUUUUUAUUAUGAAAUUUUUUUUUUUUUUUUUUACAAAUCAACCACUCCUUGAAGAUAGAAAAGGGCAUAAAAAGCAGAUUUAAAGAUUACAGUCUGAAGCAGAGCGUUGAUAGUUUUGAUAAAUGUCAUUAAUAUUUUUAUUUUCGUACCAUGUUGAGACUUCAAGGGAGAGUAUGAUGAUUGUGGCUUUUUAACAAAACUAUCCACUGAUAGCACGCUAGUUACUGCUGUCAUAAUGCAGAAUGUUUUUAAUGUUUAUAUUUGGCCGAAGUUUAAAAUGUGUUCGGUAGAUGAAUGAGCUGGGUUGUGUUCAUAAGCAGCCCUUCAAUAGCGUAUGAAAGCUGGGAUGUCUGUCCGUGUUCAGCCCCCAGUUCUGCCAGCUUCCUUCUUAUAAACAGUACAGAGAGAGAAGAGGAAAAUAGAUUAAAGGAGGAGGGGGAAGGAGAGUGGCAGAGCCAGCUGUAUGUUGCUGUAACAUUGCCUUUAGGCCUGGAGCUCAGGUUCAGACGCGUGCUUCGAUCAGCUCAUUGCUGAGACCGUUCCAGCCUAUGAACUCAGUUAAAAUGUUGACCGAUCCUUUUCUUUUUUCAAUGGCUCGAUCCAAGAAUGACAUCUGACUGCUGUCGCCUGCAAAAUGCCAGUAAAGCAAGCAUGCUUUAAGAACGGAA